AUGAAUCAGACCAAGUAUUUUUCGACCCAUCCGGACUUGCUCCAAAAAGGAAGGCGAUUUCUCAUUGGUUCUCCACGUGGAGUAAAACCAACCCCGAAUCCGGGAGUUAUCCUAACCAUACUCUGUCUCUCUCUCUCUCUCUCUCUCUCUCUUCCCUCUCAAAAACUGGAGGACUGUAAAUCAAAAAGAAUUUGGAGCUUAACGUAUCUUCAGGAAAUGGUGGCAAGCAUUAGUGUUUCAUGCCCAAAAUCAUCAUUCGUGCAAAAUUCAAACUUCUUUAGAGAUUCGAGCAGUAAUUUGAUUAGUGGGUUCUCAGCAAAACUUCCAAAUUUGCAGUUGAAUAAGAAAAAGAGAAAGAAUCAUGAAUUCAUCAACUUGGUGGUGGCUUCAACUUCUACCAGUAGUAGUAGCAGUGAUGCUCAGAAGAAAAGUGGAAGAUUUUAUCUAAAUUUUACUGGGUUUCCUUUUCCUUUGGGUCCUUUCCUUAAUCGGCGAACUAUUCGAACUGAGAUUGUGAAAGAUUGCAUAUGGUCAUUUGAACAAGAGCAAGCUCUUGGCUUCAGUAGUGUCUCAACAAACAUUCGCAUGACUGUCAUCAAGCUCAAGUCUGGUGGAUUAUGGGUCCAUGCACCCAUUGCUCCGACUGAAGAGUGCAUCCAGCUAGUGAAGGAACUCAGGGCUCCGGUUGAAUACAUUGUGUUGCCUACAUUUGCAUACGAACAUAAAAUAUUUGUGGGACCAUUCUCUAGAAAAUUUCCACGCGCGCAAAUAUGGGUGGCUCCUAGGCAAUGGAGUUGGCCCUUGAAUCUACCACUUGAAUUUUUUGGUAUCUUUCGUUCGAAGACCUUGGAAGAUGAGGAUUUGUCAACUCCAUGGUCUGAUGAAAUCGAACAGAAAGUUCUGAGUUCUCCGGAAGUUGGAAUUGGGCCAUAUGUGGAGGUGGCUUUUUUUCACAAGCGUUCAAGAUCCCUUUUGGUGACCGAUGCCGUGAUUUUUGUCUCAAGGCAGCCCCCUGAAUGUAUAAGUAAAGAAUCCUUAUUGGCAUCGGCAAAAAAUGGUUUAGCAGUAAAAAUUCUUAGCAAAGGAAAAGAAGUACCCAAUGAACCAGUUGUUGACAAUGCAAUGAACCGCCAGAAAGGAUGGGAAAGAAUGGUGCUUCAGAUUUUGUUUCUUGGUCCAUCAAAUUUAUUAGAACCAAAUGCCACAUUUGCUCAGAUGUCGCAAAAGCUGAUCGUGUCCCCUAUCGUAAAAACAUUGGUUUUUAGCAAAGUCCCCGAAAAGGUGAGAGACUGGAUUGAUCGGAUUGCUCGAGACUGGAAAUUUCAGAGGAUAAUUCCUGCACAUUUUGCGGCUCCAAUAAAGGCAGGCAGGUCUGAAUUUCUAGCUGCAUUUGCUUUUCUGGAUGAUCUUUUGGGUGAACGAUAUGUUACGAAACCUUCGCUCUCUCUUCUGUUCACCUCAUUCAUGGGAAAGGCUGCGAGUUACUUCCCUCCAGAUGAUAUGAAGACAUUAUCAUCUCUCGAUCAAUUUUUAGUUUCCGUAGGAGCCGUGAAGAAGACAGUGUCUGGCCGCAAGAGAUGAUAGUCGUCUUCAAAUCACGACAGCUAAACUCAUAAAAUACAAGUAAAUAUGAGUGAAAUUUGUAAAAGCUGUUUAUACUCUUUCCCUCCUCUUUUAUCAGAUUUUCCUUUAGAAGAAUGGGAAAUGGAAAAUACAUGUUCAUGUAGUAAUUUAGUGGAAAUACCAAUAGAAAGUUUAAAGAGCAAAAUGUAAAAGCAAUUAAACAUGUUGUAUAGUAUAUCAAGUAUCAACACAACCAUACUUAUGUUUUUUCAUUCAAUCUUUCUGAAAUCAUUCUCAUCUACCACCCAUCAAGAGGCCUUUGGCUUUGAUGUUAGGUGUUGGUGUUGGUGUUAGUGUUGGUGUCGGCGUUGGCGUUGGUGUUUGUGUUUGUGUUGGUGUUGGUAUUUGUGCUGGUGUUGGUGUACAUUCACUCCUAACUUGGGAGGAGAAAGCUCAUACUUAGAAAAUGGGUUCAUUUUAUAGUUGUUAUAUUCCAAAGAAUUAGACUUAUUUUCUUUUUCAAGUUGCUCUAUUGAAUUUUUCUCAUUUAUGCUUUUGGUUUAAU